AUGCUAAAAAUUAUUCUCCCCACUAUAAUACUUAUACCCCUAACAUGAAUAUCAAAACCCAAUAUAAUCUGAAUCAACACAACAACCUACAGCCUAUUAAUUAGCCUCAUUAGCUUACUCUUUCUAAACCAACUCAAUGAUAACUGCACAAAUCUAUCCCUAUCAUUCUUCACAGACUCCUUAUCAGCCCCACUACUAACACUUACAACAUGACUCCUACCCCUAAUACUCAUAGCUAGCCAGUUCCACCUAUCAAAAGAACCACUAACCCGAAAAAAACUAUACAUCACAAUACUAAUCUUAUUACAAUUAUUCCUAAUCAUAACAUUCACCGCCACAGAACUAAUCAUAUUUUACAUCCUAUUUGAAGCGACCCUAGCACCCACCCUAAUCAUCAUUACUCGAUGAGGAAACCAAACAGAACGCCUAAACGCAGGAAUAUACUUUCUAUUUUAUACUCUAGUAGGAUCCCUACCCCUACUAGUAGCCUUACUAUUUAUCCAAAACAACAUAGGCACAUUAAACUUCUUAAUACUCCAACUCUGAUCCCAACCCAUACCAAACUCCUGAUCUAAUACCCUCUUAUGACUAGCAUGUAUAAUGGCAUUCAUAGUAAAAAUACCAUUAUAUGGACUCCACCUAUGACUACCCAAAGCACAUGUAGAGGCACCCAUCGCUGGAUCAAUAGUACUUGCCGCAGUACUUCUAAAAUUAGGAGGCUAUGGUAUAAUACGAAUUACAAUCCUACUCAACCCAUUAACGAAUUCCAUAGCAUACCCCUUUAUAAUACUAUCACUAUGAGGAAUAAUCAUAACGAGCUCUAUCUGCUUACGCCAAACAGACCUAAAAUCCCUAAUCGCAUACUCCUCCGUCAGCCACAUAGCCCUAGUUAUCGCAGCAAUUCUAAUUCAAACACCAUGAAGUUAUAUAGGAGCAACAGCCUUAAUAAUCGCUCACGGCCUAACAUCAUCCAUACUAUUCUGCUUAGCCAACUCCAACUAUGAACGUACCCAUAGCCGAACCAUAAUCCUCGCGCGCGGACUUCAAGUACUCCUACCCCUAAUAGCAGCAUGAUGACUACUAGCAAGCCUCACCAACCUAGCUCUACCUCCUACCAUCAAUCUAAUCGGAGAACUAUUUGUAGUAAUAGCCUCAUUUUCAUGAUCCAAUAUUACCAUCAUCCUAAUAGGAACCAACAUCAUCAUUACUGCCCUAUACUCAUUAUAUAUACUAAUUACCACACAACGCGGAAAAUAUACCCACCACAUCAAAAACAUCAAACCCUCAUUCACACGAGAAAAUGCCUUAAUAGCACUUCACCUAAUACCCCUACUACUAUUAUCACUCAACCCCAAAAUCAUUCUAGGACCCAUUUACUG